GGCUCAGCGUGCGCUCUCUCCUCACCCGCAGACCAGGCCUGGGGUUUCUCCUUCCAUCCCCCCCACCCACACCCCAGCGAUGACCAACCAGGUGGAGUUGGCCCUGGGGGAUGGGCCCCACCUCAGCCUGGACCCGCUGCCCAAGGCCUGCCUGGCGAAGCGCUGCGGCUGGCUCACCCGCAACCUGCUGCUAACCCUCACCAUCCUGGGGGUCAUUCUGGGCGCCGUGUUUGGGGGCCUCCUGCGGCUGCUCCCCCCGCUGGACGAAGACCUGCUGGUCCUUAUCUCCUUCCCUGGAGACAUCCUCAUGCGGAUGCUGAAAAUGCUCAUCUUGCCCUUGGUCAUCUCCAGCCUCAUCUCAGGGCUGGCAGGACUGGAUGCCAAGUCGAGCGGGCACAUGGGCACCCGGGCCAUGGUGUAUUACAUGUCCACCACGGUGCUGGCCGCCGUGCUGGGCGUGAUCCUGGUGCUGUCCAUCCACCCGGGCAACCCCAAGCUGAAGACGGCGACGGGCGCGGCGGAGCGGAACGAGGAGGUCUCUAGCCUGGACGCCUUCCUGGAUUUAAUCCGGAACCUCUUCCCCGAGAACCUGGUGCAGGCCUGUUUCCAACAGGUCCAGACGGUGUCCCAGAAGGUGCCGGUCCCGCCCCAGGUGGUGCGGCAGGAGAACAUCACCCGGCUGCUCCCGGGGAACCUGUCCCUGCUCAACGCCACCGUCACAGAGAUCAACCUGGGGCCCAGCACCCUCACCCAGAAACGGCUGGAGUUCAAGGCGGGCAUGAACGUGCUGGGGCUGAUCGGGUUCUUCAUCGCCUUCGGGGUGGUCAUGGGGCAGAUGGGGGAGCAGGCCAAGCCCAUGGCCGACUUCUUCAACAUCCUCAACGAGAUCAUCAUGCAGCUGGUCUCCAUGAUCAUGUGGUACUCGCCCUUCGGCAUCGCCUCCCUGAUCUGCGGGAAGCUGGCGGGGCUACAGGACCUGGAGCUGGUCGCCCGCCAGCUGGGCAUGUACAUGGUGACGGUGGCCCUGGGGCUGCUGCUGCACGGGGCCCUCGUCCUGCCCCUCAUCUUCUUCGGGGUCACGCGCCAGAACCCCUUCGCCUUCUACGCCGGCAUCUUCCAGGCCUGGCUCACCGCCCUGGGCACCGCCUCCAGCGCGGGGACACUGCCUGUGACGUUCCGGUGCCUGGAGGAGAACCUGGGGGUCGAUCGACGCGUCACCCGCCUGGUGCUGCCCAUCGGCGCCACCAUCAACAUGGACGGCACGGCGCUGUACGAGGCCGUGGCCGCCAUCUUCAUCGCCCAGAUGAACAACAUCGCCCUGGACGGGGGGCAGAUCGCCACCGUCAGCCUGACAGCCACCCUGGCCAGCGUGGGCGCGGCCAGCAUCCCUAGCGCCGGCCUGGUCACCAUGCUGCUCAUUCUGACGGCCGUGGGGCUGCCCACGCAGGACAUUAGCCUGCUCAUCGCCGUGGACUGGCUGCUGGACCGCCUGCGCACCUCCAUCAACGUGGUGGGGGACUCGUUCGGGGCCGGCAUCGUUUACUACCUGUCCCGGGCCGAGCUGGCGGCCGUCGACGCCCGGGCCGAGGGGCGCCCGCCCGAGCCCCCCAGCCCCAAGGUCCCGCCGCUACCCAACCACCAGGGGCCCCCCGAGGGCGCCGGGGUGGGGUACACGGCCCUGCCCGCCGCUGACAGCGAGGAGGAGGAGCAGGCGGAGACGCCGUCAUGGGAGCCGGGGGCCGAGGCCGAGGGGCCCGAGGGGUGGCCGGGCAGUGACCAGGAGGAGAAGGAAGAGGAGGAAUAACCAGGCCCCGGCUGGAGCAGCUGCCACCAGCGGGGGGUGGGGGUGGGGGGUGGGAAGAGGGAUUAAUUCUCUGUAUUCAGUUCUGCCCCAAAUCACUGGGUGGGGGCCCCCCUCGUCCCCCCACCAGUGCUCUCUACUCAGCCCCCCCACGCCAGAGGGCCCCCCCCAGUGCCGGGCACGGGGUCCCCGUGUACCCAGCCCCUCCCCACCCAGAGGGGCCCGUCCCAGUGCCGGGCGAGGGGUCCCCAUGUACCCAGCCCGCCCACACCCAGAGGGGCCUGUCCCAGCCCCAGACGAGGGGUCCCCAGCAGGAAAAUUCCAGGUCUGUGCCCCCCCCCCGUCUAGCAGCUUUUCCUCCCAUCCUGCCCCCCCUUUACAGAGGCUCCCAAAGGCCCAGCCCCUCCCUACUCUGGCCUUAUCCCCCCCGCCCCCCCAUUCACGCCAGCAGGGACUGACCCCUCCCCCCCCCAGCCAUCAGGGGGCGGACAGACUGCCCCCCUCACCCUGGGGGGGCUGUUUGACUCAUGCCCCCCCACCCCACUCCCUGGCUCCGCCCCGCUGAGUUCUGACCCCCGCCCCCCAUCGUCACCAGCCCAGCAACACUGGGGGGGAACCUCAGGAUUUGUAAUAAACGACUGAAACCUGCCGCCAGCUUCGGGCUUGGCCCUGCUCCGUGUGGGGGGCG